CAUAAGACUCGUGAAAUUAUGUCGCCUCACAGCCCUGUGCAGGGAACUGAGUCCACACCUACCUGCUUGCCACGGCAAAUCCUCACGGCCCGGUCCAAGUCGCCCCGACCUAGAUUCUAGUUUCCGGUUGCAACCACCUGAGGGCCUCGUCUCGUCUUCCAAAAGCAUACAUCCCCGGGUCGUUUAGAUAGACAGGCGCCCGACGUCUUUUGAGGCCGUGCGAUUUUACUUCCUGGCCAGGCGCCCACCUGCUUCCAAGUUCCUGGCACGCGCCCCUCCUUCCUCGGCUGCUCCGUCCCCACUGGUCGAUCUCGAAAUCGAGCUCGAUCUCGCCGACAUAACCGAGUCUCGGCCUGACGCCUGCCUUCAGCUUCCAUUCUUCGGAGAGGACGCGCGCUGCUGCCGUUGACGCGACAAAGGUCCACGGCUUGCUGAAGCGUUGCCAUGGCUGCACUCGGCGAGGACCUGCUCGCAACCGUCAACAAGUUGCAAGAUUUGGUCUUCAACACUAUCGGAAAUGACUCGUUGGAUCUGCCUCAGAUUGUCGUCGUCGGCUCUCAAUCUGCCGGCAAGUCGUCCGUGCUUGAAAACAUUGUCGGUCGAGAUUUUCUGCCUCGCGGCAGCGGCAUCGUGACAAGAAGGCCGCUCAUCCUGCAACUCAUCAACGUCCCCGAAGACGAGCCCGAAGAGAGCCUGCAGACCAGUUACAAGAAUCCCAAUCAAGCUCCCCGCAGUGAGUGGGCUGAAUUCCACCACAUCCCAAACCGGCGAUUCAAUGACUUUGGCGACGUCAAGAGAGAAAUCGAGAACGAAACCGCGAGGAUCGCGGGCAGCAAUAAGGGCAUCAAUCGACAACCGAUAAAUCUGAAAAUUUUCUCCCCGAACGUCCUCAACCUUACCCUUGUGGACUUGCCGGGGCUCACAAAGGUGCCCAUUGGAGAUCAGCCGACGGACAUUGAGAAGCAGACGCGGAAUUUGAUAUCCGAGUACAUCGCAAAGCCAAACAGCAUUGUUCUAGCUGUGUCGCCGGCGAACGUCGACAUCGUCAACUCGGAGGCUCUAAAACUCGCCCGGCAUGUUGAUCCUCUCGGGCGAAGGACCAUUGGAGUCCUUACAAAGGUCGAUCUGAUGGACCACGGCACAAACGCUCUCGACAUCUUGUCUGGCCGUGUUUACCCCCUGAAGCUUGGAUGGAUAGGAGUUGUGAACCGGUCGCAACAGGAUAUCCAAGGCAACAAGCCCAUGGACGAAGCACUGAAGUCCGAGUCCGAGUUCUUUAGGCACCACCCUGCGUAUAGGAACAUUGCGACCCGGUGUGGCACUCGUUUCUUGGCCAAGACUCUCAACACUACUCUCAUGGCGCACAUUCGCGAUCGCCUUCCAGACAUCAAGGCUCGACUCAACACUCUAAUGGGACAAACCCAGCAAGAGCUUGCAAGCUACGGGGACAUGCACUUCAGCGGCAAGGAGCACCGAGGAUCACUCAUUCUGCAGCUCAUGACUCGCUUCGCGACGUCUUUCAUUUCGUCCAUCGACGGUACCUCGACAGAAAUCUCGACAAAGGAGCUUUGCGGUGGUGCCCGCAUCUACUACAUCUUCAACUCGGUCUUCGGCAGCUCGCUAGAAUCAAUUGACCCCACGUCAAACCUCUCUGCACUUGAUAUACGGACUGCAAUCCGCAACUCCACCGGCCCGCGGCCCAGCUUGUUCGUGCCUGAAAUGGCAUUUGAUCUGCUUGUAAAGCCCCAGAUAAAACUUCUCGAAAUUCCCAGUCAGCGCUGUGUGGAAUUAGUCUACGAAGAACUUAUCAAGAUUUGCCACACCUGUCACUCGACGGAACAUUCACGGUUUCCAAGACUCCAGGCCAAACUCAUCGAGGUUGUUUCGGACCUUCUCCGGGAAAGGCUCGGCCCCGCCUCGACUUAUGUCGAGUCGCUCAUCUCUAUCCAAAGGGCAUACAUCAACACUAAUCACCCAAACUUUCUUGGAGCUGCGGCUGCCAUGAGCCAUGUUGUCAGCAAUAAGCAGGACAGGGAAAGGAAGCGUAUCCUGCAAGAGGAGCGUGAGCGGCGCGAGCGGAGACGAAUGAAGGAGCUUGCCACGAAUGGUGCUGACACUCCGAUUGAGGAAGAGGAAGAAAACACUGGUGCCGACAAGAACGAUGCCGUUACUACACGGAAAACUAUUGGAAAGGGGGCACGCAGCCUGUCGCCAGCUAUUCGCGAAGGCGGCUCAGGUGGCAUUUCUACAGCUCUGAACGGUGUUCGGUCAUCUUCGCCUUCCCGGCUCGGCGGGCCGGCCUUGGGAGGCGCAAAAGACUCGUUCCUCAACUAUUUCUUUGGGAAAGAUGGCGCGCUUGUGCCUGGAACGGGGCCUGCGCAUAAUGCGAACAUUGGUCGCCACGUAAGCCAGUCUUCGGAACCGACCUUCAGUCAAAGCAUCAGACGACCAGAGGAGAAGGCAUUACGAUCGCCUAUCCAGAAUAUGCGAGCGGAUGAUGAUUACGACUUUAUGAAGGCUCCCAAAGGUGCCGACUUUGGCAAUAACGGCGAGCCGGCAAUGACAGAUCGCGAGGCUAUGGAGACGGAGCUGAUUAGGGCGCUUAUCAGCUCAUACUUCAACAUCGUCCGCGAGAGCAUUGCGGAUCAGGUGCCGAAGGCUAUUAUGCACCUGCUUGUCAAUUACUGCAAGGAUGUGGUGCAGAACCGACUUGUGAGUGAGUUGUACAAAGAAACGCUCUUCGAGGAGCUUCUCUACGAAGAUGAUGCAGUUAAGAAGGAGCGUGAGAAGUGCGAGAAGCUGCUCCAGACAUAUCGGGAGGCAGCCAAGAUCAUCGGUGAGGUCAUCUAGGUAGUUUAACCCUCUUUUUGCCUAUUUGUCCGACAUGCUAGUCUAGCAAGCCGGAGCAAUGUAUAGAUAUAAACUGAAGCGAGGCUGGGGGGAAGGUGGUGUUUGUCUGGCGUGUUAAGAGUGUCUGACUUCGCGUGGGUUCUCAUAGACGGGUCCUGUUUUCAUACUUGUAAAAGAACCACUACUAUACGCGAGGAAACAGUCGGUGGUAUGGGCAAAAUGGUUAUUAACAGAGCGGCACACCGCUUGGAAUCGCCUUGGUCGGCCGAAUCGAGACCAGAGCUGACUGUUGUUCCUCAGCGAAUUUGUACAUAUUGGCAUGGCCAGAUUGCCCCUCUAUCACUGUUUAGUUCUAAUAUGUAAACCUCUUUGUAGCACCACGAAGCAUCAAAACUAUACUAUGAUUCUCUGGCGGGUGUUCGUCCGUCGUCCGCUCUGGUAUACAUUUAAUACCGUGUACCGUAUCUAUAUGCGGAGUAUCCAUAUAUGG